AUGGCUCCGCCAGAGCGUAGUGGCGGAGAAUCCACGGUGGCCGAGGCGGCCAGGUCUCUUCCGACGCCGUUUCUGAAUAAGACGUACCAGCUUGUUGACGAUGGGGCAAUCGAUGAUAUCAUCUCGUGGAACGAAGACGGAUCUACCUUUGUUGUGUGGAAUCCCAGUGAAUUUGCGCGAGAUUUGCUUCCCAGAUAUUUUAAGCAUAAUAAUUUCUCCAGUUUUGUUCGUCAACUUAACACCUAUGGAUUCCGCAAAGUAGUACCUGAUCGAUGGGAAUUUUCGAACGAGUACUUUCGCAGAGGAGAAAAGCAUCUUUUAAGCGACAUUCAGCGUCGGAAACUCGCGAAUCUAACAGUUUCAGCAUCUCCACCAGCUGCUCCUGCUCCAGUAGUAACAAUCGCAGCUCCUCCAAUUCUCCCAAUCUGGACCACCGCUGCCGAUUCCGGCGAUGAACAAGCGAUUUCCUCGAAUUCAUCUCCGGCAAUCAUUCCUCGCGACUCUAAUUGUUCGAGCUCUGAGCUUAUCGGAGAGAACGAGAAGCUCAAGCGCGAGAAUUUACAGCUCAACAAUGAAUUAAGCCAGAUGAAGAAGCUAUGCAACAAUAUUUACGUAAUGAUGUCCGGUUACAGUAACAAUAAUCAAGCUGAGAGCAGCUGUAAGCCGCUCGAUCUGAUGCCGUUGAAGCGGUUAUGCGAUGAUCGUACGGCUGAGAAUGGGAGGAACGAGGUGGAGGAGGAACGGCUGAGAUUGUUCGGUGUUCCGAUUGGAAAUAAACGUGUGAAGGAGAAUGAAGAGAUGGUGAAAUGUGAGCCGUUGGAUGAGGAUAAUAGUGGUGAAGGUGUUGAUAAUCAAGAUAAGCGGUGGGUUGGGCCGUGUCAAAACAGGCGUAUUUCAUUUGAUGAUUAGAAUAGAAUAGAAGUAGUUCCCAUUAGACACAAACAAAGUGUUGGCGCACGUGGUGAAUGAGCCUCGUGCGAAGCUAUGGAAGCUUCUGUAACUUUUGUAUUACUCCUACUUCUGUGUUAUGCAUUUAAUAUUUUGAGAUCC